AUGACUCAGAACUACCAGCAUAUCUUGGCCUUGGUCUUUGCCAUAAGGGAAAUCAAUGAAGAUCCCCAAAUCUUACCCAACUUGACCUUCGGAUUCCAUAUCUAUGAUAGCCAUAUCAAUACCAGGUGGGCCUUUGGUUCUGCAAUGCAACUUAUUUCUCCAAAAGAGCAAUUUCUUCCCAAUUACCAUUGUGAUCGUAAAGACAAUCUUCUUGCAAUUAUUGAAGGACUUGACAUUGAAUCUUCCUAUCAAAUACCAAAUAUUUUUAGCAUCUAUAAGAUUCCUCAGCUCUCCUAUGGCUCUGCUCCAGUGAUGAUGGAUCACACCCAAUCACCUUAUUUUUAUCAAAUGGUCCCAAAUGAAGUCUAUCAGUACAGAGAGAUUCUUGAAUUACUUCUUUAUUUCAGGUGGACAUGGGUAGGAUUUUUCAUUGCAACUGGAAUUAAUUCUGAAUGGGUACUUCAAGUUAUGAUUCCAGAAUUUGCUGCUCAUGGGAUUUGUUUUGCUUUUAUAGAUACUGUCCAUAAUGUAGGCAUGAUAAUUGAAUAUGGUGAUUUUAAAAAAUGGACAUUUAAACUAUGGAAUAAAUUCAUGACCAGCACAGCCAAUGUAUUUCUCCUCUUUGGUAAAGUUCAAACUCCAGUGUUUUUGGACUGGUUGCUAGUCCAAGGAAGAGAUAGUGAGAAAACAAACACAACAAAAGGUAAAGUGUGGAUUUUGACUGCUCAGCUAGAAGCCAAGUCCUAUAGUAAUAAACAGGGUCAGAUAUCUGCUAAACUUAUCUACUCUGGGGCUUUAUCAUUGGUUGUCCAUUCCAAUGGGCUGCCAGGAUUUCUGCAAUUCAUUCUGGAGAGAAAGCCUUCCAAUGUAAAAGAAGAUUUUUUAAUAAAAGACUUUUGGUCUUCUGCUUUUGGUUGCACCUUCCCCAACUGGAUUCUGAACCAUACAAAUAGUGAUCUCUGCACUGGACUAGAGAGCUUGGAAAACAUUUCUGAAAACCUUUUGGAAAAAACCAUUACUGGGCAAAGCUAUAGUAUCUAUAAUGCUGCCUUUGCUGUGGCUCAUGCUUUCCAUGCCAUGUACUCAUCUAGAUUCAAGCACAACAGAAUGCUGAAAAGGGAGAGAUGGACAUCUCUGACUCAGCAGUCAUGGAAGCUGCUCUAUUUUCUGAAGCAAGUGUCUUUUAAUAAUACUGUAGGGGAAAAGAUUUCCUUUGAUCAGAAUGGUAUACUUCUAACAACAUUUGAUGUUAUAAACUGGGUUUUAUUUCCAAAUGAGUCUUUAAUUGGAGUAAAAGUUGGCAUGAUCAACUCACAAGUAACAAGAGAUCACAAAUUGAUGAUGAACAAAAAUCCCAUUGUUUGGCAUGGCUGGUUUAACCAGGUGCAACCUAUCUCUGCUUGUAAUGAAAAGUGCCAACCUGGUUAUAGCAAACAAAAGAAAGAAGGGGAACCAUUUUGCUGCUAUGAUUGCAUUCCCUGUCCAGAAAGCAAGAUUUCUGAGUGGGAAGAUAUGCCUGACUGCAUAGAGUGCAAGCAAGAUCUUUACCCAAACAAGCAUCAGAAUGUCUGCAUUCCAAAAAUUGUAACCUUUUUAUCCUAUAACGAACCUAUGGGAAUGGGUUCAACCACUGGAGCUCUUUUCCUUUCACUAAUAACUAUUGCCUUGUUAAAAACAUUUAGAAUGCAUCACAAUACUCCCAUCAUCAAAGCUAAUAACAGGGAUCUCACUUAUAUUCUUCUUACCUCCCUUCUUCUCUGCUUCCUCUGUACUUUGCUUUUUAUUGGGCAGCCUCGGAAGGAGACAUGUUUUCUGCAGCAAUCAUUUUUUGGCAUUGUCUUUUCAGUGGCUGUCUCUUCAGUAUUGGCCAAAACCAUUACUGUGGUUCUGGCAUUCAGGGGUACCCCACCAGGGACAAAGAGAUCUAAGGGGAUGGGGAAAGGAUUAGCCAAUUCCAUUGUUAUUUUUUGUUCUCUUAUUCAGGUAGGCAUUUGUACUGUGUGGCUGUCAACCAGUCCCCCAUUCCUGGAUGCUGAUAUGCACUCAGGAAUGGAUGAAAUUACCCUCCAAUGUAAUGAGGCAUCACCUGUCAUGUUUUACAGUGUGAUUGGGUACAUGGGCUUUUUAGCCAUUGCCAGCUUUAUUGUGGCUUUCUUUGCCAGGAAUUUACCUGAUAGUUUCAACGAAGCCAAAUCUAUUACAUUCAGCAUGCUAGUGUUCUGCAGUGUGUGGUUGUCAUUUGUUCCAACUUACCUGAGCACUAAAGGAAAAUACAUGGUUGCUGUGGAGAUUUUCUCUAUUUUAGCUUCCAGUGUUGGAUUGCUGAGUUUCAUAUUUUUCCCCAAAUGGUACAUCAUUGUUGCGAGGCCUGAACUGAACAACAAAGAUCAUCUUAAGUGGAGAAAGCGCUGA